GGGGAAGCGGAGGGGAGGUCCCGAGCCGAGCGAAUUCCUUUCCGUUACGAGGUGAGGGCGGCGAUGGGUGCCGAGAUGGAACAGCCGGGAGAGGUGGCGGGCUCCGCCGGCGGCAGGGUGUACCUGGACCACAACGCUACCACCCCGCUGGCCCCGGAGGUCGCGCAGGCCGCGGACGAGGCGGCUCGUCGGGCCUGGGGCAACCCCAGCAGCUCCCACCCUGCAGGCAAGAAGGCCAAGGAGCUCAUCGAGAGUGCCCGGGAGAGCCUGGCGAGGCUGGUGGGGGGCCGGCCCGAGGACAUCAUCUUCACCUCGGGGGGCACGGAGGCUAACAACAUGGUCAUCCACACGGCCCUGAGGUACUUCCGAGAGAGCCAAGGGCAGGGCCGUGCCGUGCCACACAUCGUGACAUCCAACGUGGAGCACGACUCCAUCCGCCUGCCGCUGGAGCAGCUGGUGAAGGAGAGCCUGGCGGAAACCACCUUUGUGCCGGUGUCCCCACGAAGCGGGCGGGCCGAAGUAGAUGAUGUUCUUGCGGCAGUGCGGCCCACCACCUGCCUAGUUACCAUCAUGUUGGCCAAUAAUGAGACAGGGGUUAUCAUGCCUGUUGCAGAGCUGAGUCAGCGCAUCCGUGCCCUCAACCAGAGGAGAGCGGCGGAGGGGCUGCCCAGGAUCCUGGUGCACACGGAUGCAGCACAGAUGAUUGGCAAGGGGCGCGUGGAUGUGCAGGAGCUGGGGGUGGAUUACCUCACUGUUGUGGGGCACAAGUUCUAUGGCCCACGGAUUGGCACACUGUAUGUGCGUGGUCCUGGCACCACCACCCCACUGCACCCCAUAUUCUUUGGAGGUGGGCAAGAAAGGAAUUUCCGACCAGGCACUGAGAACACCCCGAUGAUUGCUGGCCUUGGCAAGGCUGCAGAGCUGGUGAGCAGGAACUGGGAGGCCUAUGAGGCCCACAUGCGGGAUGUUCGGGACUACCUGGAGGCCAGGCUAGAGGCAUCCUUUGGGAAGACGAGGAUCCACUUCAACAGCCAGUUUACAGGCUCCAAGCGACUCUGCAACACCUGCAAUGUCUCUAUCUUGGGCUCAGGCCUUCAAGGGCACAGGGUGCUGUCUCACUGCAAGAUUCUUCUCGCCAGUGUUGGGGCUGCCUGCCACUCUGAGAAAGGAGAUCGGCCCUCCUCGAUUCUGCUGAGCUGUGGGAUCCCCUGCGACGUGGCGCAGAACGCCUUGCGGCUGAGUGUGGGGCGAGACACCACCCACGCGGACGUGGACCUGGUUGUGCAGGACCUUGUGCAGGCUGUGGCACAGCUUGGCAAGGACCAAGCCUCAUAGGCCCCAGGAGUCACUCCUUGCCUUCACCCAGGUUCUUGGGGAUUUGCUCCUCCAGUCUUAUGUCCAAUCCUCUAACUCCAUGGCUGCAGACUGAGUCAAUUUGGAAUCGGGAUUUGGCAGGAAUAACCUUCUGCCUGAUAGCCCAGCCAAACUGACACAGCCUCCGGCUUGGGAUCACUGAUUCAACAUUGUGGAAGUGGUGGCUGGAGGAGGAAGCAAGAUAGUCUUUUUCAGCAGCAGUGUGCUCUCAGGUCUGCUUAGCUGUCUGUUGCCUUGCACUCGCAGUGAUUGCAGUAUGGCUGGUUUGCCUCCACAGUGUGUGCUGCCUUAGCAGAAAAGCUUGCAAGCACGUGCUGGUGGCAGCAGGGAGCUGGGGGCUGUGCUGAGGAGAUGGCUUUGCUAAUUUGGGGCUGGAGCAGCUCAUCUAGUUCUUGCUGAGGACUGUUGUCUCUAUUGCAUGGUGCAGACCUAUUUUGGGAGCAUCGCUAUCAGGCAUUCCUUGCUUGCCAGCACAUUUCUGCAUGUGUCAGAGUCUCAGAGCUUGGCUGCCUCCAGAGCAUAACAGGCGUGGAAGCCAAAGGAGCUGAAGGCUUUUGCACUGGUUGCUUUCCACAAAGGAAGCUGUCCUGCUGUCUGAUCACUGAGAGAAAGAAAGACCAUCUGUCCCAAGGAGAAAUGAAUUUAUAGCGACACAGCAAGAGGCUGGGCUUGGGUACUGCACUGCCCCUGCCAGAGCACACAGAGCACAGAGCACAAAAAUUUUCUGGCUGGGAAAGUGUUGGGUAUUGCUUUCCCAGCGCUGUAUUGCAUUUCUUGCUCCCUGUCCUUCCUACAGUGGGCAGAGCUCCUGUUGCUGGCUCCACGUGCUCUGAAAAGAAGCAUGGCUGUUGCAGGUGCCCUAAAGUGUGCCAGUGCCCGAGGAAACGUGUCACCCCUGCGUGGCCAAGGCAGUUCUGACAUUAGGAGGACAUGGGUGUCAAAUGCAUUGGGAGUGCUGCAGCUGGGCUGACUGAUUUCUGGGAAACUGGUCUUCUGAUAUUCAUAGGAAUAAAAGUGAUUGCCACUGCUGUGGCAUUUUCCCAUGUAAAA